UCGAACUGCACUAAUCUUAACGCGCCAUGGCCAACGUGGAGGUACAGAGCGUCUUGGAGCGACACGCAGCGCGGAGGACGUUUCCUCUUCUGGCCCGGACCAAGGCCUGCCGGAACCUCUUCGGCCCGGUUGAUCACGAGGAGCUGAACCGGGAGAUGAAGCAGAAGCUCCAGGAGAUCUCGGAGGGAGAGCGCAGCCGCUGGAACUUCAACUUCGAGCAGGACUCGCCGUUGCCUGGGAAUUACGAGUGGGAGGAAGUGAGCGCGCUCUGCCUGCCGGCCUUCUACAGGGACUCGGUGCGGUGCGGCGCGAGAGCGCGGACUGCUUUGCCUCUUCACGAUAAUAAAGUGGAGUGCGAGGGGAAAAGCGCGGAGCAGGCGCACGAGCGUCCGGCCGGCGAGGUGAACCAGGAGAAUCUGUCUGGAGCGCUGAACGGCACAUCAGCGUGCGCGCGCAGACGGAGGAGGACUGGGUCUGUCCCGGAGUCUCCACGAAACAACAGCACUCACAUCACAGACUUUUUCCCCAGAAGGAAAAGACCUGCAGAGAGGAAGUCUGAGAGCCCCUCAACGCCUGUUGAAGUCACUCCGCGCAAGAGAAUCAGAUGAUGUUUGUGGAAGCGCAGCUCCUGUGUUUAUCUGCUGAGCGGAUGAAGGACACAGUGAGGACGACACAGCCCGCUUUCUGUUUAUUGUGAUUUGAUCUGUAAUUAUUUUUAUAUCCUCUCUCUCUCUCCCUCUCUCUCUCUCUCUGGUGUAUGUAGCAAUACUGGCUCUGCAAAAACGGACUCUGUUGCAGUGUUACAACCUUUUAAACGGUGCAAUUUUCACACUUUGUUUUAUUUUUUGUGAUUUUGAGUGUUAUGUAGCCUAGCCAUAGCAGUCUGUUUCGUUCUCCUUUUGAAGAAUAUGUUAAUUUAUGUUCUGGUUAUUUAUGAUCCAAGAUAGUUUGGUCACUUUUUUAUUUACAGUUAUUGUUUAUUUACUGCAAUAUUUUUAAUUUUAUGUUGUGUUUUAUUUAAGUUUUUGG